AUGCGCGCGCACCCGGGGGGAGGCCGCUGCUGCCCGGAGCAGGAGGAGGGGGAGAGUGCGGCGGGCGGCAGCGGCGCUGGCGGCGGCUCCGCCAUCGAGCAGGGGGGCCCGGGCUGCGCGCUCGCCCCGUCCCCGGUGAGCGGCGCGCGCAGGGAGGGCGCGCGGGGCGGCGGCCGUGGCCGGGGGCGGUGGAAGCCGGCGGGCCGGGGCGGCGGCGGCGGCGGCGUCUGUGGCCGUGGCCGGGGCCGGGGCCGUGGCCGGGGACGGGGCCGGGGCCGGGGCCGGGGCCGCGGCCGUCCCCCGAGCGGCGGCGGCGGCCUUGGCGGCGACGGCGGCGGCGGCGGCGGAGGAGGAGGAGGCGGCGGCGGCGCCCCCCGGCGGGAGCCGGUCCCUUUCCCGUCGGGGAGCGCGGGGCCAGGGCCCCGGGGACCCCGGGCCGCGGAGAGCGGGAAGAGGAUGGACUGCCCGGCCCUCCCCCCCGGAUGGAAGAAGGAGGAAGUGAUCCGAAAAUCUGGGCUCAGCGCCGGCAAGAGCGAUGUCUACUACUUCAGUCCGAGUGGUAAGAAGUUCAGAAGCAAACCUCAGUUGGCAAGGUAUCUGGGAAAUACUGUUGACCUCAGCAGUUUUGACUUCAGAACUGGAAAGAUGAUGCCUAGUAAAUUACAGAAGAACAAGCAGAGGCUGCGGAACGAUCCUCUCAAUCAGAAUAAGGGUAAACCAGACUUGAAUACAACAUUGCCAAUUAGACAAACAGCAUCUAUUUUCAAGCAACCAGUAACCAAAGUCACAAAUCAUCCUAGUAAUAAAGUGAAAUCCGAUCCACAACGAAUGAAUGAACAGCCACGUCAGCUUUUCUGGGAGAAGAGGCUACAAGGACUUAGUGCAUCAGAUGUAACAGAACAAAUUAUAAAAACCAUGGAACUCCCUAAAGGUCUUCAAGGGGUUGGUCCGGGUAGUAAUGAUGAGACCCUGUUAUCUGCUGUCGCCAGUGCUUUGCACACAAGCUCUGCACCCAUCACAGGGCAAGUCUCCGCUGCUGUGGAAAAGAACCCUGCUGUCUGGCUUAACACAUCUCAACCCCUCUGCAAGGCUUUCAUUGUCACAGAUGAAGACAUUAGGAAACAGGAGGAGCGAGUGCAGCAGGUACGUAAGAAAUUGGAAGAGGCGCUGAUGGCAGACAUCCUGUCCCGGGCUGCUGACGCGGAGGCGAUGGGCCUCGAGAUGGACAGUGGAGAUGACGCCUAA